GAGCUCUGGCUCUUCUGAUUCCUCUGACUCCCCUCAUUCCUCUGGCUCCCCUCAUUCCUCUGGCUCCCCUCAUUCCUCUGACUCCCCUCAUUCCUCGGAUUCCUCUGACUCCCCUCAUUUCUCUCACUCCCCUGACUCACCUCAUUCCUCUGACUCCCCUGAUUUCUCUGACUCCCCUUACUGCCCUGAUUUCUCUGACUCCAUUGACUCCCCUGAUUCCUCUGGCUCCCCCAGUUCUUCUGGCUCCCCUGGUCCCUGUUACUCAUCUGACUUCUUUGGUUCCUCCUCAGGGCUUCGUCAGAGAGAACCCCACCGCCCCCAUCCAGCUGGUCCAGAGACAAGCCCCCCCCUGCCUGAAUGAGUCCUGCAGACUGGGCUGCCUCUGCUCCAGUCUGUCCCACUGCUCCAGGAUCAGCCACUGCGGCCGGCCUGACUGCAUGUUUGGCUGCAGCUGCCUCAAACAGAAGGUGGUCCUCCUCAAGAACCUGGACGGCUCGGACUCCAGCUCCCCCCAGCCUGGACGCACCAAAAGGAGGAGGAGGAGGAGGAGGAGGAGGAGGAGGAUGAAGAUGGCCUACGUCCUGAAGGAGGCGGACAGCGUUUCCCAGCCUGCCGAGCGGGUCCGGACUCUGUGGAAGAGGGGUGGUGGAGACUCGGAUCCAGAGCCGGUCCACGUCCCGGAACCAGAGCCGGUCCACGUCCCAGAACCAGCAGCGCUGUCCCACCCCUCUGUAAGAACUGUGAGUCUUUAUUAUAAAUACAUAUUUAUAAUAUAUUUAACAGAUCCAACGUUUGAUACAAAGAUUACUUUUAUUUGUGUUUUAUCUUUGAAAUCCUUUUUUCUGGUCAUAUUUAUUCUUAUUCUAAAAAAUAUUAUUUCACUGAACAUGAACAACCUUUAUAUCAAUGUCAAUAUAUCAAUAUCAAUAAUAAAUGAAUAUCAAUGAAGUCAAGUAGUGAAAGAAUUCCUUUCAUAGUUUACUGAGCCAUAAAACAGAAAUAAAAGUCCUGCUAUAAAAGUAUUAUGUAUAA